GAAAAUGACCAGGAAAGAGACGCGAAGGUUCUCGCGGGGCUAUAUACUAUUUUUUUGUCUGGUUUUGUGGGUGGGCGCAGCGGGGAAUAUCGGGGUCCCGCCGUCUCAUUCCGCCCAAGGAAAGUGGAGGUGGGAGAAAUGGUAAGAGGGUUUCCGAUCUCCCCUUCCUCCUCCCCCUUCUUUUUCCCAGCUGCGGGGCUGCUGCGGGGAGGAGCCUGACGUCGGUCCGGCCCCGCCGAUCGCGAGAGCUGAAAAAGCAGCAGCCCGAGCGGGCCCCGCAGUCUCUCGCCUCGGUUCCCGGGUUGCCUCCACCAUGAAGCGGCAGAGAUGCGUCUUUCUAAGCGUUGCCGCCGCGAUCCUAGCCACUCUGCUGAUGGGCGCAUCCGCGACCAGCGAGGAAGAUCAAGAGGCCGUCGAUCCAGGUACGAGACGAGAUCGGGGUGGGGUGGGGGGUUGUCAGGAUCGGUAGCAGAAUGACCUUUCCAGGGAUCGGGUGUUUGCACGCCGGAAUGAGGCAGAGAUUGCAGUGUGGAGGGGGGUGUCAAAAUGGGGGGGGGGUGUCAUAUGCGCACGAGGAGGGAGUCGCAUAUUGGCAAAUAGGGAAAAAAGAGGAUCGACCCGGGAAUUGCAAGCUGCGCACCAGCGCCUUGCACAAUUGCUGGCCUUUCUCUUCGCUUUCUGGGAGAAGCGGGAGGGACUAUAAUAAUGAUAAUAAAUAAUAUUUUUUUAUUUAUACCACGUCCUUGCCGGUUCAGAAAACAGGGCUCAGGGCGGCUAACAACAAAUACAAAACACUUAAUUGUAAUACAACAUAGAAGCAGCAUAAAAUACAGUAUAAAAGCUUGAAUGACAAUAAAAUUCAAAGUUCAAAAAUCGAUUUGGGGGAAAUCCAUCCAAUAAGCAUUAGCUGAAUUAGUCCUACUUGGGCCAGGGAGGAGGCCAGGGGAGAAUUAGCUGUGGGGUCUCAGAGCGGGUAUGCAGCCAAGGAGGUGGUGGACUCCCAACUCCCAUCAGUCCCGACAGUGGACCUGGGAUGAUGAGGUCAUUCCCAACAUCUGGAGCGAGCGCAUCACUUUCGGGUCUGAAAGCAAGGCAGUGAUGGGAAAUGUGUAGCCCAGGCAUAGGCAAACUUGGCUCUCCAGAUGUUUUGAGACUACAACUCCCAUCAUCCCUGACCACUGGUCCUGUUAGCUAGGGAUGAUGGGAGUUGUCCCAAAACAUCUGGAGAGCUGAGUUUGCCGAUGCCUCGUGUAGCCCUACAGAUGGUGUUGGGCUCCCGACUCCCAUCAGCCCCCAGGCAGUGUGAACCGGUGGUUGAGGAUUGUGGGAGUUGUAGUUCAGUGACAUUCUUGGCUGCAAAUAACCAUUUGUACAUCCCGUUCCUUGUGAUUGACCAAGUGAGCCAGGCAGAGGGGGAACAGAGGGAAAUCAGAAAGGUGUGUGUGUAUUUAUAUAGAGAGAGAGCAUUUGACAUAGUCCAUGUGAUAGCGGAAGAAGGGAAAUGUUACCAGGGCCAUCUUUACAAAAUGUGUGUGCAGAGACACACAUGGCACUAAUAUUAUGCACUGAUGUGUUUUGGUGUAACGGGGGAGCAGAGAGGAAAGGUUGUGACACAGGUCAGAUGAGAAGCAAUAAUGGCCACCAACUUGGAUGACUUCAAGAGAGGAAUGGACAGCUAGGAAUAAGGUGAUCAGUGGCUGUGCCCUACUUCAGCUCAGGCAGCCUGGCACAGAACAGUCUUUAAAAUACUUGUCUUUCUUCUGCCAGAGCAGCAGCAGCAGCAGCAGCAGCAGCAGCAGCCCCGCUGUUCAUCGGCUUUUUAGGCAUAGGAUUUCUCUCUGUUUGUCUUUUGCAACAGAUCCCACUUCGUAGAUCUCAGAGUUCUGGUACAAAACAAAGUAGAUCCCACCAGCCUGCAGUCCACAACCCCUGAUGCAGGUUUCCUUUUUUGCCAAGUCUUUUUAUUAUUUUUGCCAAGAUCUGACAAGUGCUUUGUAGCUAAUCAAAGAAUGUAUUGUUGAGAGAGUUUAGCGCUUUGUCCAGGUGGUGACUUGGCCUGUCUUGGUUCAUUCUCCCUUUGUGAGCAUUCUUUUCCAGAGGAUGCUGACCUACAUAAUCUCGCCAUGGUUGGGUUGUGGGAGGUUUUGAGUCUAUACCCCACACUGCUUCAGUAUCCAUGAAUCCUCUGACAUGCUGUUGUGGCUCUUCUGCAACAUCGUACCCUCUACCCUUGGGACAGAAAAACAGUUCCUCCUGCUGCUCUUCUUCUUGGUUUGAGGAAGCGUCUUUUACUGCCUUUUGCUUGUGAUGUGAAAGUUGCAGACUCGGCAACUUAACAGAAUUUGCAAAAUUGCAACUUAAGUGCUGCCCAGAAAUAUUUCAUGGUUGUUUUGCUUCUGCUGCUGUUCCUGAUUAUGGUAAUAUUGGGACGGUAGUAGUCAUAGCUUACUGUUCUGGAUCACACUGCGGUUCAUCUAAGUCCAGCAUUCUUAGUGUAGCUAACUAGAUGUUUCUGUGUGUCCUCUAGGAAGUCCAUCAGGGCCGGACUUCAGGGCUGAAUUUCAAGGGCUCUUCACGAGAAUGAGGACCCCCCCCAAUUCCAGCAGGGCUGACUUACCGCAUUUUGAACUGAAAACAGGCGUUGGCAUCUAAAGAGCUCCCUUUCCACCCAUAAGGCCAUAAAGUCCAGAGUUUAAAAUGACCUAACUGCAUUGCUGAAUUUACAAAGGUGGCAAUUCUCUUGCUCCUGGCUUGUGUGACUCAUUGUGGUCUGGCCCGCCUUGGUUCCCCUGCGGCUGAAAUACUUGCCUUUUAUUUAUCUAUUUAUUUUUAUUUAUACCCUGCCCUCCCCGUCCAAGACCGGGCUCAGGGCAGCUAACAUCAGAUAAAAAAACAAUUGAUUAAAAUACAACUUUAAAAACAAAAUUAAAAUACUACUUAAAAUGCAGCCUCAUUUCAAGUGGAAACCCAGAUCAAAACUGUUUGGGGGGAAGAAAACGUCAAAUCUUCACCAAGGUCAACUAUCCAGACUGGUCCUACGUGGGCCAGAAAAGCCAGGGAGGUCCCCAAAUAGGGGUUUCAUCACAGAAGGAAAAGGAAAGAGGCUGGUUCCAAGCCAAAGGCCAGGCGGAACAACUCUGUCUUACAGGCCCUGUGGAAAGAAAUCAAAUCCCGCAGGGCCCUGGUCUCAUGAGACAGAGUGUUCCACCAGGCCGGAGCCAGUGUUGAAAAGGCCCUGGCCCUGGUUGAGGCUAAUCUGACUUCCUUAGGGCCCAGGACCUCUAGAGUGUUGCUAUUUAUGGACCUUAAGGUCCUCUGCGGGGCAUAUCGGGAGAGGCGGUCCCGUAGAUACAUGUUCCUUCAAACUUCUGAAGUCGAGAGCUGGCAACUGCUAAAGUGGGAAUGGGGAAGCCAGUGGCCCACCAGAUAUUGCAGGACUCCAACUCCCAUCGUCUCCAGCCAUUGGCUGCGCUGACUGGGGCUGAUGGGAGCUGGAGUCCAAGGAGAUGUAGAGGGUUGGUUCCCCAUCCCUACUCUAAAGCAAAGUGAGCUCUUGGAAGUAAUGCAUUGGGACACCCUUUGAGCCCACCUCACACUUAACCUAUUUUUAGGGUUGUGUGUUGUAAGCAUGCCCUUGAGAACGCAAGGCACAAGCAACAAAACUGGGGGCACAAAAGAAACAUACCAUCUUCUUGGCAUCAUUUUAGGAGUUUCAGCAUUUUAUCGUUUAGCAGCUUUUUAGCUGGUGAUUAGUAUUGUCUGCUGGGGCUGUUGCCUCUUGAAAAGGGUUUUGUGUAUAGCAAGUUUUGUGCUUGAAAGCGGGGGCUCUUGCUGUUAGCAGUUUGGCUCGAGGUGCUUUAUCGCCUGUGCAUUUUUUAUAAAAGCAUUUGUAUUUGUGACAUUGCAUGCCUUGUUUUAUCUGUGAGUUGCCCACAGGCUUUUUACGUCUGCAACACACAAAUAUAAUCAAUCAAUAAUAAUUUUAAAAUCAUAUGUGUCGAAGAGCCCAAAUUGAAUGUAUUUCCUCUAUAAUAUAUGAAUAAGUUCUUGAGCAGGCUGUGGAUUGGAUGCCUCCUCAGAGUAGAACCAUAGAAUUGUAGAGUUGAAAGAGACCCUGAGGAUCAUCUAGUCCAACCCCUGCAUUGCAAGAAUAUGCAGCUGUCCCAUAGGGGGAUCAAACCUGCAACCUUGGCAUUAUCAGUACCAUGCUCUAACCAACUGAGCUAUCCAGGCUAUAAAUACAAGGAUCGUCCGAGAUUUGAACCUGGGACCUCUCGUACCCUAAACAAGAAUCAUACCUCUAGACCAGCGGUUCUCAACCUGUGGGUCCCCAGAUGUUGUUGGACUACAACUCCCAUCAUCCCUGAGCUCUGGCCUUGCUAGCUAGGGGUGAUGGGAGUUGUAGUUCAACAUCUGGGGACCCACAGGUUGAGAAAGGCUGCUCUAGGCCAACAAUCCAGCUAGAGAAGAUCCAUUUGAAAUGAAUGGACCCCAUUUAAUCCCCACAAAGACUCUGUCAGGUAGGUCAGGCUGAGAGGCAGGGUGCUUCAUGGCCGAGUGGGAAUUUGAACCCUGCUCUCCGAGGUCCUGUUCCAACACACUUACCAGCCGUUCUCAACCUGGGGUCCCCAGAUGUUCUUGAACUAUAGCUCCCAUGAUCCCUGACCGAAGACCGUGCUGGCUAUGAAUGAUGGGAGUUGUAGUUCAACAGCAUCUAGGAGCCCAAAGUUGAGAAAGGCUGCUCUAACCACUAUGCCGCACUGCCGACCAGAUUUGGGUGGCUGGACCUUUUUAUUCAAUGUAGACUCUCUGUAAAGUGAGUCCCUUCUCUUGUUGUUUUCCAAACAUUGUGUUUCCUGUUUGGGAUGGAGAUGGAGCAGCCCAGUUUGCAAUUUGGCUUGGAUCCUGUCCUUCAUAGAUCUUUCUCGGUGGCUUAGUGUUGUUUAAGGACAGCUCUCCAAUGUGAGUUCCAGGGAGAUGGCCUCUCUCUCUCUCUCUCUCUCUCGCCCCCCACUCAGCUCUGCCAGUAAUUAUUUUUACAGAAGUUGCUGGAUAGGAUUUCAUGGGGCUGGUGACUUCCGGCUUUGCGAAAUAUUACUGACUGCCAAAGGAAAUAUACGGACCGUGGAGACAGCUGUCCGGUUUUUGAGAGGUAUUGCUAUGUUCACGAAUGGAACACCGCCAGGUUAAGACAUUAUCAUAUUUAUUUGCAUUUUCUCUAUUUGGGCUCAAGGAUUAGAGAUUCCUAGUUCUAAAUCUUACUAGGUUGCAGCAGAUGUCCUUUUUCUGCACUCUCUGUCUGUGGCUAAACGAUUGCUAAAGGGCUGAAUCCUUAGGAGAGGAGAAAUAUGGUUUGUACAAUUCCAGACUGAAGCAAGCAUAAGUUGGCUUGAGCAUAAUUGGAAGGUAAUUUAAAGCACCAGGCCUGCAGCCUAAGGUUUCAUUCUGCCAUAGCGUUUAAAGCCCUAAACAACUUAGGCUCCCAAUAUCUGAAAGGCCACAAUCAGAAUGAAUUUCAGAAUCCAAAAAGUCGUAUCGAAAAAUAUGACUUUCGAGCCGUCUGGCCCCAGAAUGCCAACUAGGCAUUCAGUUUUGGCAACUGUAGCCCUGGUUUAAGGAGCCAUUUGGUGCCUAGAUUAUCUACCUGAGUUUCUAACACUGCAGUCCGUCCCUACAGACCCUCUUGGCUGCCAAGAUUGUCCGAGGGAGCCCACCUGGUAGUGUAGGAUGUGUGAGGGCUUUUUUUGCGGUAGCCGCCGAGCUGUGGCGUUCCCACCACACAGAAAGGUAAAGGCACACCUGGUUCUCGUGGCCUUGACACCUGAGAGAUGUGUUUUAGGGCUCACCCUAUUUUUGAUUGUGGCUUAACUGUUUUUAAUACUGUAUUUUUAACUGGUUGUAACCCAGUUUGGACGGCGUGAUAAGCCAAACCAUGCAGCCACAGGAGUAAUCUCCCAGCCAGCUCCUUCUUUCCUCUGAUGCAAACACGGUACCAAGACCUGUUCACAAUGAAGGAAAGGGUGAGGGAGGCAUGGCCAAUGAUUGAGGAUGAUGGGUAUUGUAGUCCAUCAGCGACUGGAAAGUCCACAGAUGUUUUCCCCUCCUCACAUGGAGCUAACAUGCCUGCUACUUUUCCCUCAGCACCAACCCACUAACUUAAUCUAUCUGUUGAACUGGGAAUAUUCGAGCACAGAGUUUGACCACUUCUUCACAUAGCGUUUUCUCAUUCCUCUUAAUGCUCUUUCUUUUCGUCCAUUAUUCUCGCUCCUGCGGCAGGUUUUGUUAGGCGGCUGCUGAAUAACUUUUCUUUCUUCCCUUUCUCAGUUGCCUCUGACUGACUGGUGCCUUUUUCUUCAGCUUCUCUCUCUCUGUCUGAGCGCACGGGACAAUUUGAGACGUUGCUGGUUGGUUCUCGAAUUCUCUGGCGACGCAGGGAGUGGGACGGGCUGGGAAGGCUCUCGCCAGACUUUCCAGAGUUUGAGGAGCGAAAAAUAGUAGCUUGGAAAAUAUUGCCAGAGGGAUACAAUCGUAGGUUGGCAGGCUAGGUGGCGGCGCCGACAGCUGAGAGGAGAAACCCUUGUUCAGAAGAAGUUUGUUUUGAUGUGGGAAGGAUGGCUUCUUUUUGGCUUGGGUUUAAAGCAUAAAAAUAAAUGAUUUUUUCCAGCGGAUUUUUGGCAUUUAAAACGGAUUUUUAAAAUAAAAUGCUUUUGGAGGAAAAAUAUUUCUAAAGAUAGUUAUCUAUUUAAGUUACAUUAUAGUCCAAAGGCUAUUCAUCAGGAAAUAAGGAUUUGUUUUAAGUUUUUCAUGUGUGCUAAACUCAGUCUAAGUUUUUUGUUGUUUAAAUUGUUUAACCACACCAGUUAACAAACAUGGAUACAUAUGCUAUCAUGUUAUUGUUUUAGUUAAAUAAAUUGUUAUUAAGGAAAUGAUUAUAUUUCUCCUUCCAAUAAAGUACAGCAGAAAAGUUGUCCAAAUACAAACAGUUAACUUAUAAAACCUCACAAUAAUAUCAUAAUUAUCUGUAUAUGUAUUUCUAAUAGUAUAACCAAAUCAAUAAUUGUUGAUAUAACUGUAAAAAUGGUUGUAAAUAGUAAGAGUACACCGGCAAGAAAGAGUCUUUCUGUGAAAAAUAUGAUUUAAAUCAAGUCUUACUUACUAGUGAUUUAAAUCAAAUCCACCCUGGUUUAAAGGCAGCCUCUUUUUGUUGUCAGAGCUCAGAUGGGAAACCUUUUUCUCAGACUGACAGCUGCAUCAGCUGAGGCACAUUUAUAUUUGCUUGAAGUAGCUGUUAGGGGAAGGACUGGCAGAGCAUAUGCUUUGCAUGCAGAAGGUCUCAGGUUCAGUCUCCAGCAAAUCCAGGUAGGACUGGGAGAGACUGGAGAUUCGCUGCCUGUCCGUGCGGACAUUACUUCGCCAGAUGGGGCAGUGAUCUGAGUCUGCACAAGGAACCUAGGGAGCUGUCUUAGACUGAGUCAGCAACCCACUGGUCCAUCUCUGAGAUUUCAAACCAGGUAUCUAUCCCAUCCCUACCUGGAGAUGCUCUAUAGCCAAGCCAUGGCCUUUUUCCAAGUACAGUGGUACCUUGGUGCUCAAAACGCCUUGGUUCCCAAAUGCUGAAAACCUGGAUGUAAGGGUUCUGGUUUUCGAACAUUUUUCGGAAGCUGAACGUCCGAUGUGGUUGUCAGCUAUUGUUUCUGGGGCGCCUGCACCAAUCAGAAGCUGCACCUUGGUUUCCAGAAAUUUCAGGAGUCAAACGGACUUCCGGAACAGAUUAAGUUUGGUGCUUUUGUUUUUGCUAUUUAUUUUGCGUUUUUGUUUUUCAGGCUUUUCCGGUUAAUUUGUUUUUGUGACUGUGUGGAACCCGGUUCAGCUACUGAUCGAUUGAUUAUGUGACUGCGGAAAUGUAAAAAAAAAUGACUAUCAUCAGUGCAAGAAAGAAAGAAAAAAUUAAUUUUAAUUUUGAUCACCUACAAUACUGUCUUUAUUUAUUUUAUAAUACAGUACAUAGAUUAUUGAUUUCAUUUUAUGGCUCAAUGGCCUCAUUAGAUAGUAAAAUUCCUGCUAAACUGCUGUUGUAGGGGUUGUUUUUAAGAGUCUGGAACGAAUCGAUCCGUUUUGCAUUACUUUCUAUGGGAAAGUGUGCCUUGGCUUUGGAACGCGUUGGUUUUGGAACGGACUUCCGGAACGGAUUAAGUUUGAGAACCAAGGUACCAUUGUACAAAGCCGCUUCCUAAGGAAGUCUUAGCAUCCUCUUUUGCCUCUGCUUCUGCUCUCUCUCUCCCUGGAUGACCAAAAGCACCCUGGUCCUCUUUCUCCCCAAGGUACGGCUUUCUCUGUGCAAAUUUUACCCUCUGACUAAGAGGGACCUUCUCUUGUGAGCCAGAGGCCUCCUGACAGAGCAGCAGCCUUGGCCUUCCCCCAAGGCUGCAUUCCUGAUCCCCUGAAAGGCCCAUUGAGGAGCCAGAGGCCCUGGCGCUGUCUGGGACCUUCGGAGCCAAAAGGGGACGCUCAGGGCUUUAAAAGGAGGAGAGCGGAGGGGACCCAGGAUGGAGUUACCACUUAGCUGUGCCAGGCCUCAGAGACACAGCUCUUGCGUGUGUGUUUUUAAUAGCUGGGAACGGCGAGGAGAGACAGGGCCCAUCAAGAUAUCUGCCCAUCACUCUUGUCUCAGGAAACUCCAAAGACAAUGUGCCUUUUAUUCUCAUUUUAAUUCCGUCCGCCAUUAGAUUGAUUGCAGAGACUCGGCUCUGAAUAAUUGCUACUAUUAAACCACUCUGCCCACAUGGUACAUGGCCUUAGAUAUUGGACUAGGGUUCAAAUCUCCACUCGGUCCCAGUCUAACCUACCUCGCAGGAUUGUUGGAAGGAUGAAUGAGGCAGGGGAGAGAAUUGUGUCUACCUUCUUGAGCUGCUUGGAGGAUAGGUGUGGCGUGCACAUAAUAAAAUACGCAAAUAAAUGCCCCGUAUUCUUGAUUUUGCAUUCUUGUGCAGGGUGAAGGUGGCGCAAAAUGCCUCUCUGCCAAGUGUGGAAUUGAGCAGCAAAUGGAAAUAAGAGACCAGAGCCGUUUGUGUCUUGUAAGGAAUUUUAGAAAGAAUCCUGGGGUUUUUCAUUUUGCUUUUUUAAACUCCCCGAAACAGAAAACUAGCUCAGCAGGGCUCAGCUACCUUUCUUCCUGCAUGUUCUUCAUUUUGCAAGAAGUUUUUCAACAGGUGCAUUUUUAAAACUGCUCUUUCCAUGCCCACCCCUCGUAUUCUGAAAUGGCACCACCUGGUCAGGAUUCUACAAUUCCAUUCUGACGCUUCCAUUGACCGGCCUGGAACUUGAGAUUUACCAGAAUCCGCUGGCUUCCACUCUGGUCAUGUAGGUUUCAGUGACGCUACCCUUGCUGUGUGGUCACAGAGGCUUACUGUGCCAAUGUGUGGAUGCCAUUGUGCCAUGUAAGCAUAGGAGGCCUCUGUGUGUGUUUGGCGAAGCCUGUGGAACUCAUUGCAUUAGAUGGAUUUUGCUCAGGUUCCCAUCAGUUCUGGAACAGCAGCGAGAUCUGUGGCUGAUUCAUCAUUGGGGGGGUGGUGUCAUUUUUUCCUUGAGGCUGUACUCACCUCAACUGCAUGCCAUUCAGCACCCUUCUACCAGCCUGUCAUGCCUUACAUUAAUAUAAUAAAACAGUGGAUAUUCUCUGUUCCGCCUCCGUUCCUGAUUUAGUCUACAUGAGAGAACCCUGGAGCCUAAUUUUCUUCCAAUAGAGAUUAUUGGUCCCAAAUGACGGGACAACAUUGCAUCCAUCUUCCAUAAAUGGAUUGAUAAGAAGAGGUGGGAAUUAUAGGGACAGAACUACCCAAACCAUAGAAAUUUAUUCAUGUACAUGACUACAGCAGCAAGAAUGUUAUUUGCCCCCAAAAUUGAAAGAAACAGCCCCAAUGAAUCAAGAAUAGAUACAAAAGCUUAUGGAGUACGCAGAAACGGCGAUACUUACCGGAAAAAUAAAAAAUCAAGAUAACAAACUUUUUUUAAAAUAAAAGAAUGGAAAUGGUUUGCUGAACACACAAACUGUAAACAGAUAAGAACAUUGGCAGGAUUAUUGUAAUAACCUGCAGUUUUAUAAGAGCGUACAGUCAUAUCUUGGAAGUCGAAUGGAAUCCGUUCCAGAAGUCCAUUCGACUUCCAAAAUGUUCGUAAACCAAAGCGCAGCUUCCAAUUGGCUGCAGGAAGCUCCUGCAGCCAAUUGGAAGCCGCGGAAGUCCCGUUGGACAUUCAGGUUCCAAAGAACGUUCGUAAACUGGAACACUCACUUCCAGGUUUGCAGAGUUCGGGAGCCAAAAUGUCCGAGUGCCAAGGCAUUCAGGAUCCAAGGUACGACUGUGCAUUUAAAGUAGAGGAAUAAAUGAUUGAAUUAAUUUGGAAUGGGCAGAAAAUAUAUAUCAAAAACAAAUUUAAGGAACCACAGAAAGAGGGGGAGGGAAGUCGAGUUUCGAAAUGUCAAAAUGAUUGUAAAAUUACUGAAAUGUGUAAAAUUGAAAUUCAGGUAGAUAUAGAUAUAGAUUCAGGUAGGUAGCUGUGUUGGUCUGACGGAGUCGAUUUUAUAUAUAUAUAUAUAUAUAUAUAUAUAUAUAUAUAUAGUUCAGUAGCACCUUAGAGACCAACGAAGUUUGAUCUUGAUAUAAGCUUUCGUAUCUGAAGAAGUGUGCAUGCACAUGAAAGCUUAUACCAAGACAAAUUUAGUUGGCCUCUAAGGUGUGUUUGUGUGAAUAUAUACGCGUAUAUAUAUAUAUAUAUAUAUAUACACACACAUAUAUAUAUGGUGUGGGAAAGACCAUAGCUGAGUGAUAGAGAAUCUGCCCAGGUUCAAUUCCUGAUCUCUCCAGGUAGACCUGGGAGAGAGAGUCGCGUCUGAAACCCUGGAGGAGCCACUGACUGUCUGAAUCGCCAAUCAUGAAUUGCGAUGCCACAGUGGUUUUAUGCAGGAUAAGACAGAGAUUCCUAUGAGUCAAAAGGAACUGUGUUGGUGGGAUGACUCACUAGGCCCCACUCCCCAGAAACCUGGCAAUGGACCACUGGAUCGAGACUUAUUUCUCACAGCUGGUUUGAGCUGAAGAUGCCAUGGGAACCAGGAAGAGUCAUUGGUCCCAGCAGAGUUACUCUGAUGCUCUGAGCCAAUGCUGCAGCUGUGUGGGUUGCAGCCGCCACUGCAAGAGAGGCUGCGCAUGUGUGUUUUUUACAUGCAUGUGCAGAGAGAAGCCUUUCUCCUCCUAGAAAUCCAUUGCGUCCGUAUUCAUCUGUUUGUUGAGAUGUGGAAGACCAAAAUAGGGUUGGCGGGACCAGUCUAGUGCUUGGACAAAUACCAGGAAAUUUUUGCUGCUGUUUUAAAAUUGUCAAAUAUUCCAUGAAGCCAUGAAUGCCACUGUUGAGAUGGUGGCUCACAUUAAAAUAUAAAUGAUUUACAGUGUUGUUUGUCAGCAGGUACAAGAGUGAAGGUUCUUUUUCUGCUAGUAGUCUGACGUAUUUCUCAUUGGGGAAGGCUGCAUGGCAGAAUAUCUGCUUUGCAGAAGAUUCCAGGUUUAGUCUCUGGAGCAUCUCAGACUGGGAAAAGACUCCCUGUCUGAAAUGCUGGAAUGCUGCUGCCGGUCUGAGCUAGAUGGGCAGAAAACCACGCAAACGUUUAAAAAGCAGUCCCACAGAUAAAAACACUUGAACAUGAUUCGAACACAGAUGGUGACUGGGUUGAGGUUCUCCACUUAAAAGCCUCCUUGGAAGAGGAAGCAGAUUUCUCAAAAGACAACAGAGGCAGCACCUGUCUGAUUUGCAAAGGGAGGGAAUUUCAAAGGGAAUGUAUUGUUUUGGGUGCUGGCAUCUGUCUGUCUCAAGAGACAAUGGAGUGCGCCUCCAGGGGUGAAGCCAAACUGCUGUGUUAGCAGCACUGAAAUGACCGCCCCGGGGCCCAAACCUGGGCAGUGUGUCUAGAAGUCCUGGGCUGCCCAAAUGACAAGACCUCCCUUCCUGGCCUGGCUGAUGUGAUCCAAAGUAAAGCAGAGCAAUACGUUUUCACCAGUUUGGCUGCAAAAGCUGCUGCAAGGAGGCGUACAAGAUGCCAACCAACUGUCUUAGGGACUCCACUCCAGAUUGGGGUAGGGUUCCUGAUCCUUUUCUUCUUUCAAAGAUACCCCGCAAGGCAGCAGAAGUUUAGGAUCAGUUUUCUCCCGCUUGGACUACUGCAAUGCGCUCUACGUGGGGCUACCUUUGAAGUUGACUCGAAAACUGCAAUUAAUCCAGAAUGCGGCAGCCAGACUGGUGACUGGGAAUGGCUGCUGAGACCACACAACACCAGUCCUGAAAGAUCUUCAUUGGUUCCCAGUACGUUUCCGAGCACAAUUCAGAGUGUUGGUGCUGACCUUGAAAGCCCUAAACGGCCUUGGUCCUGUAUACCUAAAGGAGCAUCUCAACUCCCAUCAUUCAGCCCGGACACUGAGGUCCAGCGCCGAGGACCUUCUGGCGGUUCCCUCGCUGCAAGAAGUGAGGUUACAGGGAACCAGGCAGAGGGCCUUCUCGGUAGUGGUGCCUGCCCUGUGGAACGCCCUCCCAGCAGAUGUCAAGGCAAUAAACAACUAUUUUACUUUUAAAAGACAACUGACGGCGGCCCUGUUUAGGGAAGUUUUUAAUGUCUGAUGCUGUAUUGUUUUUAAUAUUUGGUUGGAAGCCGCCCAGAGUGGCUGGGGAAACUCAGCCAGAUGGGCGGGGUAUAAAUAAUAAAUUAUUAUUAUUAUUUUCCAUCUGCCCCUCGCUUCCCUCUACAGCACGUACAGAAACCCCAUUCUUGUUUGUUGGACCCACUAUUGGUCCCAUCCCCUCAAUCCGCCAGAGCCUGUCUUUGCAUCCAGAGGAAGUCCCUAACUCACAGAGAGUUUGAGACCCACCGGCUACCCUCACCUGGUUUAGCCAGCCAGUCGAAGCCAUUCCUGGUGUGUGUGAGCUGUCGCAUGCUGACAGAUUCUAGGAGCCACAGCUGAGAGCUGAGUGCAGGAUGGGGACCAAAGGUGGACAAACUGCCCCAGAAGGAGCAUGACAUGUCCCUAAUAAUAAUAAUAAUAAUAAUAAUUUUAUUUAUACCCCACCCUUCAGCUGGGCUCAGGGCGGCUAACACCAAUAAAAUAAAAUCACAAUAAAAACAUAAUAGGGGAAAAAGAGAGGGAGGGGGGGAAAUCAAUUUAAAAUACAGGUUAAAAUGCAGCCUCAUUUUAAAAUAGCUGAUAAAUCAUCAAGACUAUAAGGGGAAGGAAACAUAAGGGUCAGACCGAGUCCAAGCCAAAGGCCAGGCGGAACAGCUCUGUCUUGGAGACCCUGCGGAAAGAUGUCAAGUCCUGCAGGGCCAAUGCUGAAAAGGCCCUGGCCCUAGUUGAAACCAAUCUAACCUCCUUGAGGCUCGGGACCACCAAAGUCUUGUUAUUUGUAGACCUUAAGGUCCUUUGCGGGGCAUACCAGGAGAGGUGGUCCUAUAGGUAUGUGGGUCCUAGGCCGCAUAGGGCUAGGUAACACCCCACGCAACCCAAAGGGAAGGUGCAACCACAGUAAAGGGCCUGUUCCUGUAUUGUGAAGAACAAACCGCCUGAUAAGAUCUUCAGGAGGCCUUCUCACAGUGAUAUAUUGGGUACAGAAGGGGCAAAGUGAUCUUUUAGGUAGAAGGAUAUAGGGUUGCAGACUUAUUCUGGAUCCAGGCCUGAACCUGUAAGGUAGCCUUCCCAAACCUCAAACUCUCCGAUUGUUUUUGGCUCCCAUCCGCCCUAGCUGGCCAGUUGUGGCUGAUGUCAGUUGUCGUCCAAAACAUCUGGGGAGUACCAGGUUUGGGAAGGCUGCUGUAGGCCGACCCAAGUGUUCCUGCACAAAAGCCCGGGAGAGAAAUGGCCCCGUGACUGACUUGCAUUUAGAGGAAAACCUUGCUUCCCGUCUUUUAAAUACAAAUAGAAUCAUUAUCAUAUCUACUAGCUGCACUAUAACCAAGAGUUUAUUUGUAAUUAGUGUUCUUUAGCAAACCAGUUGAUGGUUAAAAAAACAUCUGCGUUGAAAAGUUUAUGCUUUUCAAAUGCACAACCCUUAUUUGACCAGAUCUCUUUCGCCUGGUUAGAUGCCGGCCUGCAAACCAAAAUUCUUUCUUUCCUUUGGUGCGUAAGAGCGAGUCAGCGAAAGAGCGGGUCACAUCGUGCCUGGCCUUGGCUACUACUAGCAAUGUUGUUUUUGGGAAGCUUCUCUGCUUACUCAACACGCUUGCAGUCGGCGCCCGGAAUACGUGUAGUUCGUGGCUCCGGUGCGAUCUGAAUCUGGGUCCAAUCCAAACACGCCUGCCUGCCUGAGCGCGCAAAAUCUUCGCUCCUGUUAGCAGGGAUCCCGGUGGUGUAGAUCUCCUCCGCUCUCCCCCUGCUCUCCCCCUGGGCCUCUCUCCUCCCUGCAAUGAUUAGAAGAGCAUCUUUUCCAGCACUUAAUCACCAGGAAUGUGAUAGUUUGUGAGAAGGUAGACAGAGGGAGAUGGCCCUUAGGCUCUGUGCUGCUGAGAGAGGAGGGGACACUUUGGUAAGCUGAGCUCUCAGUAGUAGAGAAGAAUUUAGAAACCUUCAGUUGGAGGGUUCCUGAGGUGAAAGCUGGGCAUAGUGUCGUGCGGUGGUCUUCAACUGGUCCAGAACCAAGGCCCAGCUCUGACACAUGUUCACCAAGCUGCAACAUGGGACCCACUUUCACAAUUUGCACUGUUGAUUUACACUGUAGGAUCCCAUCUUAGGUGGGGGUUCACUUCCAAGGGUUCUGUGUAUGCAGGAAAAUCCCGCACAUCCAAACCCAGGCAAGGGUUAAAAGCUCUUUCUGUGCUGGGUAACCCUAAGUGGAUCCAGCGUAAAAAGAGCUUUUAAUAUUAUUAUUUGCAUACCACCCUAUAGCCAUAGCACUCAGGUCGGUUCGCAACAUAAGAAUAAGAUAUAAAAUUCACAAAAGACAUAAUAAAAAACAAACCAAUAAAUCCUCCCCCCCCCCCACACACAUUUAAAAGGGUAUCGGAUGUCAGUCAGCCAAAAGCCUGGUUUCAAUCCUGAAGUCCUCCAGGGAAGAAUGGGCUAACAAUAUUAAAUUUCCAAGUUCAUGUGUCCAAACACUUCGCCUCUCCACAAAGAGCUCUUACUAAAUUCUCUACGAUUGCUGGAUUUGUUCAAUCUGUGAAUGCUUCCAAAAAUCUUCAGGGGAAAUAUGCACUUAUGGUGCCAUCUUCUGCUUUUGAGGAACUGGCUUGGGGGGGAAAGCAUUCUUAAUUCCUACCUAGCUUUUUUUAGAACCCGAGAUAGAUCCUGGCUUUGAUAGCCAAGGUGCAGUUUAUAUAUGUAAAUCCUCUGGUUUCCAUUCCUGACUCUAUUUGGGGAAUGUGUGUUCCUAUUUUCAGGCAAACUCCUGGUACUGACAGCUGCCACAGAUGAAACAGAGGGUUACCAGCGCUUCCUGCGGACGGCCAAGUACUUCAACUACACUGUCAAGGUGCGAGAAACUCUGAAAAUAGCAGAUAUUUCCUUUCCAUUAAAAUAAUAAAAACAUUUGAGGGGGGGAGGUAGAAUGUAGAGCCAAAUUUCAGCUCUUAAUUUAACUGUCCCCGGAUUACCUCAGCAGUCUUAUUCUCUGGUACCUCAUGGGGCAUGACUGUAUUGCAACGGCCAGGGAAAACCUUUCUGAGCUUGAGGGCCACAUUUCCUUACAGGAAACCUUCCAGGGGCCACAUGUGAAUUGAUGGGGGAGGGGACAGAGGCAAAGGUGGCAGAGCAGAUUCUUGCCUUUGCACAGUAGGCUAUAUUCCAUCCCAGGGCAGGCCCAAGACGUUUUGGCACCUGAGGAGAACCACAAAAUGGUGCCACCAGGGUGGGGUCCAACAGCAUCUCCUCUUUGCCAAGAGGCCGCUGUAGAGGUGUCAUUGGUGGGAUUGCCAUUGAGACAGCAGAUCUAUUCUCCAAGAAAUGUCCCAUUGUUGUCGUUGCUACCACAGCAGCAGGCAGCCCAUUCCUUGGAAGAUGGCUCUGUUGGCCUUGUGGAUAUUGCCACCUGAGGCAGUCGCCUCACUUUGCCUCAUGAGUGGGCCGGCCCUGUUCCACCCAGGCAAGGUGGAAGAGGCAUUACCAGUCGAGGGACAGUUUUGCUUUAGAAGAAAAUAACGAAUUUCCACCCCUGUUGCUUUUGUGUCGUCAUCAUCCCCCAGACUCUCGGCCUAGGAGAAGACUGGAAGGGUGGGGACGUUGCGCGGACGGUCGGCGGAGGGCAGAAGGUCCGCUGGCUGAAGGCGGAAAUGAAAAAACAUGCCAAUGAGGAGGACCUAAUUGUCAUGUUUGUAGACAGGUGAGCUCACAGAUUCUCUCUGUGCCAGUCGCAACAACUUGACUGUGAGGGAGGCCUGCGUCACAGGGUUGUUGUGAGACUUAACACUUACAUCUUUGAUCUGUUCAUUUCAUUGCACUUCUUUACUUUUCUUUUCUUUCUCUUCUGCCUGCGUGGGCCCCCAAACUCAGAGCAGGUGAGAUGAGGAUAUAAUAUAUUAGCUGUGCAGGUCACGAGGAAAUAAGUUGGUGUUGCACUUUACCUGAUAAAGGAGUGAUGGCGAGGUCAGGGUCUUUUCCAUUUGGAGGGGGUGGGCAUGGAAACGGGAGGAAACUGAAGCUUGGGAUGGGGAUAUCCGUUCUCUGGGGAAGAGUGGCAGCCGACCAUUUAAUUCCCACCCAGAUAUUUGUGAUUUAUCACACUUUAAUAGGUGACAUUGGAAGACCUGUGUUCAAAUCCCCCCACUUGGUAAUAGAAGCUGGUUUGUUAGCUUUGGGCAGGUCAGUUUCUUCUAGCCUAGCCUACCUCACAGGGUGGUUGUGCUUAUAGAAUUCCAUCCCAACCUCCAUCUGGAGUUCGUUGGAGAAAGCACAUGGUUAUUGAAAUUGAUGGGCAACGAAGAAGAUAAAGGGUCUGGAAACCAAAAAGGCCAAAUAGCCAAUGGUUAAAGGAUCUGGGUAUGUUUAGCCUGGAAAAGAGGAGACUAAGAGGUGAUAGGGUAGCCAUUUUCAAAUAACUAAAGGGCUGCCCCAUGGAAGAUGCAGCAAGCUUGUAUUCUGCUGCUCCAGAGGGUACGACCCGAACGAAUGGAUCCCAUUGCAAUAAAGGAGAUUCUGACUAAAAACCAGGAAGAACUUUAUGAUGGUAAGAGCUGCUCGACAGUGGAACGGACUCUCUCGGAAUUUGAUGGACUCUCAUUUAUUGGAGGUUUAUAAGCAGAGGUUGGAUGGCCAUCUGCCAGGGCUUCUUUAGACUUUGAUUCCUGCAUUUUCUGGGGGUUGGACUAGAUGACCCCCCGGGUCCCUUCCAGUUCUGCAGUUCUAGGAUUCUAUAAAAUGUUAAAUGAGUACUGUUAGUAAUUAUAAAUGGGCAUGCUCUUUUCCUGGAGACGGCCACAGGCUGAACUUGCAGUCCCAGCCUCACGAUAAAGCAUUGCCUUGCUCACCGGAGGCCCCUCGCUAAAAGCUCUCAAUCUGCCCUCUUGUCUGCUUCCCAGCUACGAUGUGAUCCUGGCAGGGAGCCCCAUCGAACUCCUCUGGAAGUUCCUGCAGUUCAAGAGCAAUGUGGUCUUCUCGGCGGAAAGCUUCUGCUGGCCAGAGUGGUCGCUGGCCGAGAAGUACCCGCCGGUGGGCGUGGGAAAACGCUUUCUGAACUCUGGAGGUAAAAGGCCAGCUUCCCUUCCCUUGUCCCCCUCCAACUCCCCAUUUAGCAAAGUAGCUUGAAUUCUGUGCUAGGAAGGCCCACUGGAAUCUGCCACUGGAAUCAAUUAUGGAAAGAUGCACAUGGGUUUUGCACAAUUAAUAUUCCGUUGCCGAGUGCCAGGUUUCCAAAUAAUACAGCGUUUCUUUAGCAAGCUGUGCGGGUUUGGAUGGGUAGGUGAAACUUAAGAAGGAAAGCAUUAUACAGUGGUACCUCAGGUACCUCAGAACUUAAUUCGUUCUGGAGGUCCAUACUUAACCUGAAAUUGUUCUUAACCUGAAGACCACUUUAGCUAAUGGGGCCUCCCGCUGCUGCCACACUGCCGGAGCACGAUUUCUGUUCUCAUCCUGAAGCAAAGUUCUUAACCCGAGGUAAUAUUUCUGGGUUAGUGGAGUUUGUAACCUGAAGCAUAUGUAACCUGUAGUGUAUGUAGCCCGAGGUACCACUGUAUUAGGAAAGCAUUAUAUUGGAAGAAGGAAUGAGAUGCUCCCUGGGGCUAUAAAGACCUACUCUUCUGUCCCGAAAAGUACUGUUACCGCUUUCUUUCUGCUUGAGGUUCUAGCUAUUUGCUGCUCACGCGCUUGCAAGCUUAUAUCUACAGCCAUAUGGACUAGAAGCUUGGAGCAGAGGGAACUGAGCGUAAAAGCUAUUUAAUAGUUUAUACUAGAUGCUAGAUUUGGGGGCGCGGGUGUUGCUGUGGUCUAAACCACUGAGCCUCUUGGGCUUGCCGAUCAGAAAGUUGGUGGUUCGAAUCCCCGCAACUGAGUGAGCUCCCUUUGCUCAGUCCCAGUUCCUUCCAACCUAGCAGUUCGAAAGCACGUCAAAAAGUGCAAGUAGAUAAAUAGGUACUGCUUCGGCAGGAAGGUAAACGGCGUUUCCAUGCACUGCUUAGUCAUACUGGCCACAUGACCCAGAAAAACUGUCUGUGGACAAAGGCCGGCUCCCUCGGCCUGUAAAGCGAGAUGAGCGCCGCAACCCCAGUGGACUUAACUAUCGGGGUCCUUUAUCUUUAUCUUUUAGAUGCUAGAUUACAAGCUUGCACAGCAAAUGUGAGUGUAACAGGGCCUGUUUGAUGACUGGCUUCUUAGCACCUUCUGGCAGGAGCUUCUGUAACUGUCCUGUUGACUCCAGCUAGGAUGCUGCUGCUACUGCCCUUCUGGAAGUGAGCCAGGAUUGUAGCUUAGGUGUGCUUUGAAAGUGCCCUGCGAGUAACAGCAGCAAGACUCUGUUUUCAACAGGCCAGGUGCUUGCCUUCCAGUGGUGCGGUGGCAUUCUGAGAAUUCCUGCUUUACUUUAAAAAAGAAAAAAAAGUUUCUAGUUCUUAAGGUGGGCUGGGAAGCUCAGGCCUGGAGACCAAAUGCAACUCUCCUGGCCUUUCUACCUGGCUCUUGGAAUUCUCACUGCCCCCUCAGGCACACCUUGAGGAAUUUAGCCUGGCUGGAACGUGUUUUGAGCUCUGAGAACGCCUCUUGCUUGUGGAGACGUGUGUGUGUAUCUCUCUCUGUGUGUAUAUACAGAAACUAGCCUAUUCUGCAAAGGUAACAUAGAUCGGCCCAGCCACUUUUGCUUCUGACUGCUGGGACAUGGCCCCCAGAAGGUUGCCAAAAGGGAAUGUGGCCCUUGGGAUAAAAAGGUAUCCUACUCCUGCCUUAAGGCUACAAGGGUAGGCUUGAAACAGUACAUACCCCCUCAAAAAUCCCAAAACUGGUGUGUCUCUGCCUCAGGGUUCAUUGGCUACGCCCCCACCAUCAACCGCAUCGUCCAGCUCUGGAAGUACAAAGAUGACGACGACGACCAGCUCUUCUACACACGCAUUUACUUGGAUCCUGCCUUGCGGGUGAGUCUGUUGGGGUGGGUGGGUGAGUCUUUGCUGCCCUUGAGAAAUAAAGAUGAGGAACCCUGUGGCCCUCAGAGCACUGCCGGACUACAACUCCCAUCAUUCCCGACAGCUGGCCGUGCUGCCUGCGGCUGAUGGGAGCUGGAGUCCUGACACAAUCUGGAGGGCUUUAAGAGACUCCCCUGCUGCCUGUGGAAGGGACACGUGGAGGCCUCUGAGUUGACCAUCUUAAGCUGCUUUCAGCAGCAGCCAGGAAACUGAAAUCUGAUGCCCUUGCAAAGCAGCAGGACCGGAUUCUCAGAAAAACUCUGCACAUUCAUUUCUCUGGCUCAAAAGCUGGGAGCUAAAUUCGGGGGGGGGGGGGACUUUGUUCACCACUUCACAGACAGGCAGGAUACCCAUUUUUAAUAGGGAAAUAAAGCUUUCUAUCCAAUGUCCCAUCAUGCUCUGAGCAGACGCAUGGAAAGCAAGAAUCAGAAGAAUCUUUAUUUGCAUCAGCCACUAGCCAUUAGCAAUAAAAUAAAAUAAAAUGAACUGAAGGUAGAGGUAAAAACAUAACUAUAGAAAAUACAUUUUGGGAGGUUUACGUCAAUAAUCAAAUACAGUUGUACCUUGGAAGUCGAACAGAAUCCGUUCCGGAAGUCCGUUUGACUUCCAAAGCGUUCGAAAACCAAAGCGCGACUUCUGAUUGGCUGCAGGAAACUCCUGCAGCCAAUCGGAAGCCGCAUUGGAUGUUCAGCUUCCAAAAGAAUGUUCGAAAACAGGAACAGUCACUUCCAGGUUUCUAUGGUUCGGGAGCCAAAACAUUCAAGAACUAGGCUGUUCGAAAGCCAAGAUAUAACUGUAAUAGAUCUUAUUCUAAUUGCCCCCGCUAAAACCCUUGCAGUUUUUGCUCUCCCCUGAUCAUCUUGAUCUGCUAAAAGAAAGGACAUCGUCACAAUGGAAAGCAAUGGACAUUUAUUAUUUGUUUAUUUGUUGCACCUAUAUCCCACCUUUCCCCUCAAGGAGGUCAAGGUGGUAUUUUUAGUUCUACCGCCUCCUUGUUUAAUCCUCACAACAACCCUGUGAGGUAGGGUGGGAUGAUGGUGAUGAUGAUGAUGAUCAUAAUAAUAAUAAUAAUAGUAAUAAUAAUUUAUUAUUUAUACCCCGCCCAUCUGCCUGGGUCUCCCCAGCCACCCUGGGCGGCUUCCAACAGAGUGUUAAAAUACAGUGGUCUGUUAAACAUUAAAAUCUUCCCUAAACAGGGCUGCCUUCAGAUGUCUUCUAAAAGUCUGGUAGUUGUUCUUCUCUUUGACAUCUGGUGGGAGGGAGUUCCACAGGGUGGGUGAGAGUGAGUGAGUGGCCCAAGGUGAGCCUCAUGGCUGACUGGGGAUUGAAACCUGUUUCUCCCAGGUCCUAGUCUGAUACUGCAAGCACACUGCAUUUAUAAAUAGAUAGGACAUAUAAAUCCUUGCUGGAUUUGUGUUCAUAGGGGCAUUCUAUGGGUGCUUUGUAAUUGUAGUGUUUUGAUGGAAGAUUACGAUUAUGUAAGGGGAGGCUUCUGUUCUUACCUCCUCCUUCCUGUCUCCCUAGGAGAAACAUAAGAUCACGCUGGAUCAUAAGUCAAAAAUCUUCCAGAACUUGAAUGGUGCCAUCGGUGAGUGGUUGAUAUUUUCUGUAGCAGUGUUCCGGUUGUCUAUGAGUGAACACAUCAGUAGGGCAGCCAGAACCGUAUAUUUAAAGCACUGUGAUACCACCUUAAACAGUUGCGGCUUCCCCCAAAGGAUUCUGGGAGCUGUAGUUUGCUAAGGGUGCUGCUUGGAGGCCCCUAUUCCAGAGCUACAAUUCCCAGAAUUCCCUGGGAAGAGGGCUUGAUUGUAGCUCUGUGAGGGGACGAGGGGUUUUCUCAGCAUCCUUAACAAACUUCAUUUCCCAGAAUGCUUUUUUGGGGGUAAGCUAUGACUUUAAAGUGGUAUCGUGAUGCUUUAAAAUGUGGUACAUUCCCAUUUAAAUGCAUGGUGCGAAUGCUGCCUAACUCCCCUGAUCUGCAUGUUUGAAACUUCAUAGUCAUGAGGCAAGCUGCAGAUGGCAAUAAUUCCCACCGUGUGGUGGACUUUUCUGAAAGGGGAAACAUGGUGUUUGCUUGGGGGAGAAGAUUCAGUUUGUCCCAUACUCUUUAUUCCAUCCUCCUUCUUAACAGACGAGGUAGUUCUGAAAUUCGAACGGACCCGAGUGCGCGCCCGGAACGUCGCUUACGACACCUUUCCUGUUGUCAUCCAUGGCAACGGGCCCACCAAGGUAUUUGAACAGCUCCUCUCCUGGCCAUGCGCCUUGGUUGAAGAAGACCUUAUUCCUUGGGGCUGGGAGCCUGCAGCCAGCUUGCUGAAGCUAAGCAGGUCCAUGCUUGGUCCGUGUCUGGAUGGGAGACCCCACUUAGGCCAACAGACAGAAGAAAAGCGGGAUAAAAGCACAAAUAAACAAUAUGGAUGCCGCAUUUCAAUUUGCCUCUGGGCUUUGUAGCCAAACCAGUCUUGAAACAUUGUCUGAUAUCUGGGAAGGCAAGCAGGCUCCCAAGCUUACAGUCCUCAUGGUGACAAAACCCACAAAGAAGAAUUCAGGUUGGGGGGUGUUUGGGGAAACUGUCCUCUAUUUUAUUGCCUCCCCUCAUCUUGCUGACUGGUGUUCUUGCCUUCUUCCUUCCCUGCAGCUGCAGCUGAACUAUCUGGGAAACUACAUCCCCAACACCUGGACCUACGAGGGGGGCUGCGAAGUUUGUGACGAAAACCUCUUGGAUCUGUCAGGCCUGCCGGUGAGUCAGAGGAUAAAUCAGGAUGCAGAAGAGUCAGCUGUGAGGCUGGAGGCGGGGGAAGGUGUUGAGGGAGCGGCAAGGCCAGCCCAAGACAUUUUUUGACCGCCUGAGGCGAAGGACAAAAUGGCUUCCCUCUCGCUCCUCAUACGGAAGCGAACUGAGCUGCUGUCGAUGAGAUGAUGCCCUCCUCUAUAUCUGGGGGUGGUAGGUCUACUUGGAGGCAGGAAGCAAAGCCUAAGGGCACACACACACACACACACACACCCUCCACCGCUUCUUUCGCCUGAGGCAACUGCCUCACCUUGCUGGUCCCUGCGAGAGGAGUGUGGGCUUCUGGAGGUUCAUAUUUGAGCUCACCUUUCCUGUUCCCUCUCCUUUUUGCAGGAAGAAUCGUAUCCACGUGUGCUUCUGGGUGUGUUCAUCGAGCAGCCCACACCCUUUCUGCCUCAGUUUCUUCAGCGUCUCUUGACCUUGAAUUAUCCGUACUCUCAUCUCCAGCUCUUCAUCCACAAUCACGUGAGUUGUGUACACACACACACACACACACCCUGCAAAGGUGAGGUAUUUUGUGCUGUCCCUAACUGUAGGCUAAUCCUCAUUUUACAUCUAAAGCUCAGGUCUAAUUAGACCAUCAGAUAAACAGCAUGGGGGGGGGGGGAGAGCUGUCAUAGCUUCUUAAAGGACUUGGGACUUGGGACCCAUGGCACAAAUUUGCAUAUGCUGAUUUGCAUGUGAUGCCCUAAUUAUUUAUUUUAUUUGCUUUGUAAAAUUUAUAUGCUCCUUGACUGUAAAAAAAAAAAAAAAAGAACACCUCAAAGUAGUUUACAAAACGAUAAAGGGAUAAAAUUAUCACUAAGGAAAAUUAACAACAAUAUCUUAAGUCAUUUGAAGAGUUAAAAUACUGAUACGUAUCAGUGCCUCCAGGCAAAUUAAUAAGCUAGGUAACUGGUGGCUGUCUCUGAACUAGACAUUUAAAUCACUAUGAUACCAACUUUAACAGUUACGGCUUCCCUCAAAGCAUACUGGGAACUGUAGUUUGCUAUGAACACUGAGGAUUGCUAGGAGACCCCUAUUUCCUUUGCCGAGCUACAUUUCCCAGAUUGAAUAUAUAAAAAAAUUAAAAAAUUGUCCAGAGCACCUUAGAGACCAACUAAGUUUGUUCUUGGUAUAAGCUUUUGUGUGCAUGCACACGGAAGCUUAUACCAAGAACAAACUUAGUUGGUCUCUAAGGUGCUACAGGACAAUAUUAUUAUUAUUAUUAUUAUUAUUAUUUAUGUAUUUCUACUGCAUCAGACCAACAGUGCUACCUACCUGAAUCUGUUUCCCAGACUGGUUUGACAAUCCUUCUUCCCGGGGAACUCGGGGAAUUGUAGUUCUGAGAGGCGAACGAGGGGUCACCUCACAGCUCUCAGCUCCCUCAACAAACCACACUUUCCCAGGAUGCUUUGUGAGAAGCCAGGAGUGUCUAAAGUGGUAGAAGAGAGCUUUAAAUGUAUGGCACUGAUGUGACAUGUUUGUUGGGGGAGGGAUUUUUUGAACCCAGGCAUUCUGAGGUUCCGCUGCAUCUGUGGCAUUUUGAUCUCCUGUUCUGGCCUGGAUGUAAAGGCGCAGGAACUAUCUGCUUUGUCAGAAUGUGGCAACGCCAGGGAGACUCUGCUUCCCUGCUAGGGAGGCUCAUUUAACAUGUCCCAACGUUUUGCAGGAGGUGUAUCAUGAGCCGCACAUCGAAGCCGAGUGGGAGCAGCUUCGUGGGGCCUUUGAGAGCAUCAAGCUUGUCGGUCCAGAGGAGGAGCUGAGCCAAGGGGAGGCAAGAGACAUGGCCAUGUAAGUAAAAGCAGAGCAAGGCAGUAAAAGUCCGUAGUUAAACUGUGGAAUUUUCUCCCGUAAGAAUAGAAAUGUUCUCAACCCGUUCUGACAAUUUCUUCGUGUGCAACAGGGACCUCUGCCGCCAAGACCCCACCUGUGACUACUACUUUAGCCUGGAUGCUGACGUGGUCGUGGCAAACCCGGAUAUCUUGCAGAUAUUGAUCCAGGAGAACAAGUAAGCAAUGCUUCCCUUUCCCUCCUCUGGAGCCUUUUAGAAAACCAUUUGUACAGCAUUUCUCCUGCCCCCCAUCUCCCCAUAAACGACUUCUCUUUUGCUUCUUUCCCCCUCCGCGAUCCAGGAAGGUAAUCGCUCCGAUGAUGUCGCGCCACGGCAAGCUUUGGUCCAACUUCUGGGGGGCCCUGAGCCCCGAUGAAUAUUAUGCGCGCUCAGAGGACUACGUGGAAUUGGUCCAGGGCAAGAGGAUGUGAGUUGUGGUCAGAACCGGGUGGGAAGAAGAAUUAUUAUUAGUGUUUAUUUAUUAAAUUUAUACACUGCUCUUCAUCUGAAGAUCUUGGAGUGGUAUUAAUAUAGGAGGGUUCUGCUUCGCUCCCAAAAUUGUCAUUCGUAUAUUUAAAGCUUUUGGUCUUUAAGCUGGGGGGUUGGGACCCCUUGCUGGGUCACGGCCUAGAUAAGGUGGGUCACAACAGCGGCACAGCCAAAACACAGGUAUGUACCCAAAAAAAGUUAUGAAGUGGGCCCCAAACAGCAUGUGGAUGGGCCAAAGGUGGGCUAUCUACGGGACCUCCUCUCCUGGUAUGCCCUGCAGAGAGGACCUUAAGGUCCAUGAACAACCAUAGUUUAGAGAUCCCGGGCCCUAAGGAAGUCAGACUAUCCUCCACCAAGGCCAGGGCCUUCUCAGUGAUGGCUCCGACCUGGUGGAAUGCUCUGCCCCAUGAGACUAGGGCCCUUCAGGACUUAACCUCCUUCCAUUGGGACUGUAAGACAGAGCUAUUCCGCAUGGCCUUUAAUUUGAAUUCAGCCUGAUCUUUUAUUUCCCUUCUCUUCCCUCCCCCUCCCCUUUUAUGAAGAUCACCCGCUCUGAGACCCCACAGCUAAUUCUCCCCUGGUCUCCUCGCUGGCCCAAGUAGGACCAAUUCAGCCAGCUAGCCCUGGGGAUUAUCUAAUGCUUAUUUCCCCUAAAUUGAUUUUUGAUUUUUGAUUUUUAUUGUUAUUCAUGUUUUUAUACUGUAUUUUAUGCUGCUUUUAUAAUUAAGUGUUUUAAAUUUGUUGUUAGCCGCCCUGAGCCUGGUUUUUGAACCGGGAAGGGCAGGGUAUAAAUAAAAUAUUAUUAUUAUUAUUAUUAUUUUAUUAUAUUGGCCUGAUCCAGCAGGCUCUUCUUGUGCCCAGCUCUUCAGCAAAAAAGUUCCCUGUGCAGCUUACUUGCAGUUCAUUUAAACAAGGCGGUUCCUGCCCACAGGCUUACAGUGACAUGACACAAAAGGAAAGAAGGGACAGGAGGGAAGAGGAAUUUUCUUUUUCAUAGUUGCAUAACUUAUGUAAGUUACAUAGAUCUGCCAGUGAAACAAAUAGUUUUGGGAAGAAGGUGAACUGCGGUGGAAGGGAAUCUGCCACAUGCGACAUCUAGAGGGCAGAAUAGAAAACGAUGGCCGCUUACCUUCUUACUGGGAAUUCUCCUCUCCCUCUUCUCUUCCUACAGCGGAGUGUGGAACGUCCCCUACAUCUCUCAGGCCUAUUUGCUGCGAGGGGAAACUCUGCGCCAGGAGCUGCCCCAGCGCAACGUCUUCACCUUGGACGACACGGACCCAGACAUGGCCUUUUGCAAGACUGUGCGGGAGAAGGUAAGGAACGUUUUGCCUCCCAGACAUCCCAUGAAUCAAGAUCUCCCCAGACUCUGCACUUCUGAAAGCUGUGUUCUGUCUCUUCCAGUGAUGGUGCAAACCCGACAUGUUUUCCUGGGUUUGCAUAAAUUUAUUCUACACCUAGCACUUUUGGGGAAAGUCGAAAGAUUAACAGAAGCUCUGUCCUACUUUGGGGAGUUUCACUGCUGUUCACUGUCCUGGCUUUCAGUUCUGUCUGCCCAAUCUUAAAGGCUAGAAACCUCUUUUUUUAAAAAAAACAAAACCAAAACCAAAAACCACCACCUACAGUUCUCUACAAGGGAUGCGGGUGGCGCUGUGGGUUAAACCACAGAGCCUAGGACUUGCCGGUCAGAAGGUUGGCGGUUCAAAUCCCUGUGACAGGGUGAGCUCCCGUUGUUCGGUCCCUGCUCCUGCCAACCUAGCAGUUCGAAAGCACGUCAAAGUGCAAGUAGAUAAAUAGGUACCGCUCCGGCAGGAAGGUAAAUGGCGUUUCCGUGCGCUGCUCUGGUUCACCAGAAGCGGCUUAGUUAUGCUGGCCACAUGACCCGGAAGGUGUACGCCAGCUCCCUCAGCCAAUAAAGCGAGAUGAGUGCCGCAACCCCAGAGUCGGCCACGACUGGACCUAAUGGUAAGGGGUCCCUUUACCUUUUAAGGUUCUCUACACCGUGAAUGAUGUUCUCAAUAGCAAAAUUCUGUGAUGUUGCAGAACACAUAUAACCAUACAAUUACUGUAUUUUUUGCUCCAUAAGAUGCACUUUUUUCCUCCUAAAAAGUAAGGGGAAAUGUCUGUGCGUCUUAUGGAGUGAAUGUGUGGUCGAUCGCUGGCUCCCUUUCUGGCUCCGCCCCCUUGCCCAGGCCUCCAUUGUUGAAUGUUCUGCAGGCGGAGGGUGUUUGUUUCCCCAGCGACAUGUGACUGGCUGAUUAGAUUAUCUGUCUGGAAACAUUUCUUUCCUAAAGAAGCUGCAGAGCUGUGAGUUGAACCCCAUAAAAACAGGAUUUUUUCCCUUUGCAAAGUUAGCUCAACAAGUUUGAGCUGAUCCUCAAAAAAGGGACUUUUCCCCUUUGCAAAAGAAGCUGCACAACUGUGAGCUGAUUCUGCCCCAAAACGGGGCUUUCCCCCUUUCCUCCUCUAAAAAUUAGGUGCGUCUUAUGGAGCGAAAAAUAUGGUAUAUGGGGUUUGGGGGAGCACUUCUGUGGCCUCCCAGGAUGCAUGUAUUUGGGGGUGGACGGUAGGUGUGGUAACUUUUUUCUACUUAUCCAAAUUUUAACUAUCUGCUUUCUCCCCCAGGGCAUCUUCCUUCACAUCAGUAACCGGGACGAGUUUGGGCGCCUCAUUUCCACUGCCAGAUACAACAUAUCUCACCUAUAUCCUGACCUCAGGCAGAUCUCUGAGAAUCCCCUGGUGAGAAGCAGUCCAUUUUCCUGCCUUCCGUCAUUCCACAAUUCACUGGGGUGUGAUGGCUCCCCUCCCGCUACCCAUCUUCCCACAAGUUUGAGGGGGGGCCCUAGCCAAGCGCCAUCUUGUGGCCACUGUCUCCCCCCCCCCCCCGGAGCUUCACACUUACCUAAAAAUUUACCACAAUGUCUUGAUUUGGCGUUCUCCUAGGAUUGUGGGAAAUCGUAAAUGGCUUCUGCCCAACUGAGGUCUGCCCUUUUAGUAUCCCUGAAGUGAUGUCGUGCUGGUGUACAGUGGGAAAUAAAAAUGGCAGCCCCCCAAACCGGCCACACGGUGCUUAUCUGGCCUGAGUGCCAGUUAAGAGCCCAGUGUCUCUGCUGCUGUAUGCUGGGUUAUUAUUUUUUAGCAUUUCUCUGCAACCAUGAGGUCUAGGAACUUGCUCUUUGUCAUUUUGGGAAAUCCAAUAUGUACUCCCUGGAUCCCUUAAUGUCUCUGUCCCCCACCCCCUUUUGUUUAGGAUUGGCAGGAGAAAUAUAUCCAUGAGAAUUACACUCAGGUGUUGGAGGCAGACUAUUAUGAGCAGGUAAGCAUCUCUCGGUUGCCAUGCCUUUGCAUCGUGCAUCUUGUGUCUCGGAAACUCUCCUUUCUCUCUCACGCCAACACUUCUCCCCUUUUGCAGCCCUGCCCUGACGUUUACUGGUUCCCCGUGUUCACCGACCAGAUGUGUGAUGAGCUGGUGGAAGAGGCAGAAAACUUUGGCCAGUGGUCCGGAGGGAAGCAUGAGGUGGGAGCCCUCCUUUCUUCUUCGGGACUACCAUAAAGAAGAGCUUUGCUGGUUCAGGCCAGAGGCUCGUCUAGCCUUGACACUUUUUCUUAUUCUCACAGAGGCCAAACACAUGCACACUGCGGUUUCCAGCUGCUGGUAUUGAGAGGUUGUAGGGAUGCAUGUGACGCUGUGGUCUAAACCACUGAGCCUCUUGGGCUUGCCGAUCAGAAGGUUGGCGGUUCGAAUCCCCACAACGGAGUGACCUCCCGUUGCUCUGUCCCAGCUCCUGCCAACCUAGCAGUUCAAAAGCACACCAGUGCAAGUAGAUAAAUAGGAACCGCUGUGGUGGGAAGAUAAAUGGUGUUUCCGUGCGCUCUGGUUUCCGUCACAGUGUUUUGUUGCACCAGAAGCGGUUUAGUCAUGCUAGCCACAUGACCUGGAAAACUGACUGUGGACAAACGCCGGCUCCCUUGGCCUGGAAGCGAGAUGAGUGACGAAACCCCAUAGUUGCCUUUGACUGGACUUAACCAUCCAGGGGUCCUUUCCUUUUAUUAUUAUUAUUAUUAUUCAGAGGUUUACUGCCUCCAAGAGGGAAGGGAGAGAACACAGCCAUCUUGGCCUAGCAGCUGUUGAUAGCCUUAUCCUCCCUGAAUUUCUCCAUACAGUCAUACCUCAGGUUGAAUGUGCUUCAGGUUGAGCGUUUUUGGGUUGCGCUCCGCAGCGACCUGGAAGUAACAGAGCGCAUUACUUCACAUGUGCAGAAGCUCAAAAUGAUGUCACGUGCAUGCACGGAAGCGGCAAAUCGCGACCCACGCAUGUGCAGAUGUGGGGUGCGUUCGCUUCAGGAUGUGAACGGGGUUCCAGAACGGAUCCCGUUCGCAUCCAGAUGUACCACUGUAAUCUUAUGCUAAAGCCAUCUAAGUUUUGGUGACGCCAUCAGCUACACCUUGUGAGAGCACAGUCCAUAAUUUAACUGUACACUGCAUGAAGAAGUUACUGCCUUUUUCCUCUGUCCUGAUUCUACCAACUUUCAGCUUCCCUGAACAUCCCCAGGCUCUGCUUGCAUGCUCCCCGUCAUGGGCAUCUGCUUGGCCACUGUGAGAACAGGAUGCUGGACUAAAUCGGUCCUUGACUUGAUCCAGCAGGUCUUUCCUUAUGUUCCUUAUCCUUGAAUUCUAGUAGAGUGGUACCUCGGGUUACAUACGCUUCAGGUUACAUACGCUUCAGGUUGCAGACUCCGCUAACCCAGAAAUGGUGCUUCAGGUUAAGAAAUUUGCUUCAGGAUGAGAACAGAAAUUGUGCUCUGGCGGCGCAGCGGCAGCGGGAGGCCCCAUUAGCUAAAGUGGUGCUUCAGGUUAAGAACAGUUUCAGGUUAAGAACAGACCUCCGGAACGAAUUAAGUACUUAACCCGAGGUACCACUGUAUUAAGAGAAAGGGAGAAAAGCAUCUUCCUAUCCACUUUUUCAGCACCAUGUAUUCUUUCAUAUACCUUUACUUGCUAAAUUUGGCAGAAGGGACCGUACACUCCCAGGAGAGGUUUCAGCUUGAAAUUUUGGGCAAGGGGAGGCAAAUGUGGCUUGCGACAUCCUUAAUCUUUGUUAUUGUUUUAUUAUAAGAUUAUCGUAGAAUCUUAGAAAAGGCAGUGGCGGAAUUUGCCAGUAUGCUGCUGGUUUCUCAGUACCAUUUGCCUCGGCGAUUUUGCCUCCCCCAGGAUUCCCGGCUGGCUGGUGGCUAUGAGAAUGUCCCGACCGUUGAUAUCCACAUGAACCAAAUUGGUUUUGAGAAGGAAUGGCUGCAGUUCCUGCAGGACUACAUCGCUCCGGUCACAGAAAAGCUCUAUCCCGGCUACUACACUAAGGUACCGGCUCCUGGGGUUUGUGGGGGGGGGGGGAGCAUCCUGCCUGCCUGAUGAAGCAUCACAGCUGAGGGGUUGGGAAAAGGGUCGCUGCAAAGAGCCCAAGUGGGGAGAUGAAUAGGAAACUGUGCUAAGCUUUGGAAGGAAGCAGAGGGGGGAGGAGCAUAAUCAGACCAUCUCCAGUUUCCCGAAAGCUUGAAGUUUUUUCUCACAUCUGGUGGCUAUUUAUAAGCCUGGGCACAGCAGCAAAGUCUGGCGUUUCCUGAAUUAUUUCCACUAUUCUUAUUUGGGGUGUGGGUGUGUAUGUGCAAUUUGCCAUUCUACCGAAGACAAUGCUUGACUCACUGCUGUUCUGCAGGCACGAGCGAUCAUGAAUUUCAUGGUCCGCUACCGCCCGGAUGAGCAGCCCUCGCUCCGGCCACAUCACGAUUCCUCCACUUUCACCAUCAAUGUUGCGCUGAACCACAAAGGGAUCGACUACGAGGUGAGCGCCCCCUAGAGGGCAGGAGUUGGAUCUGGGGUUUUUUGUGUGUGUGUACAGGUAAAAGUACGGGUGACGCUGUGGUCUAAACCAGGCUUCCUCAACCUUGGGCCUCCAGAUGUUUUGAGACUACAGUUCCCAUCAUUCCUGGCCACUGGUCCUGCUAGCUAGGGAUCAUGGGAGUUGUAGGCCAAAAACAUCUGGAGGCCCAAGGUUGAGGACCACUGGUCUAAACCAUUGAGCCUCUGGGCCUUGCUGAUCAGAAGUUCAGUGGUUUGAAUCCCCGCAAUGGGGUGAGCUCUUGUUGCUCUGUCCCAGCUCUUGCCAACCUAGCAGUUCAAAAGCACACCAGUUCAAGUAGAUAAAAAGGUAUUUCUGCGGUGGGAAGGUAAAUGGCGUUUCCGUGUGCUCUGGUUUCUGUCACAGGGUCCUGUUGCACCAGAAGCUGUUUAGUCAUGCUGGCCACAUGACCUGGAAAGCUGUCUGCAGACAAACACCAGCUUCCUUGGACUGAAAGCGAGAUGAGCACUGCAACUCCAUAGUCGCCUUUGACUGGACUUAACCAUCCAGGGAUCCUUUACCUUAACCUUAAAAGGUAAAGGGACCCCUGACUGUUAGGUCCAGUCACGGACGACUCUGGGGUUGCGGCGCUCAUCUUGCUUUACUGACCAAGGGAGCCGGCGUAUAGCUUCCUAGCUUCCGGGUCAUGUGACCAGCAUGACUAAGCCGCUUCUGGCAAACCAGAGCAGCGCAUGGAAAUGCCGUUUACCUUCCCGCCAGAGCAGUACCUAUUUAUCUACUUGCACUUUGACGUGCUUUCAAACUGCUAGGUGGGCAGGAGCAGGGACCGAGCAACGGGAGCUCAUCCCGUCGUGGGGAUUCGAACUGCCGACCUUAUGAUCAGCAAGCCCUAGGCUCUGUGGUUUAGACCACAGUGCCACCCGCGUCCCUGUACCUUAGCCUUACACAGGUAUAAAUACUGUACUUUCGUUGACUAAAAAAUGCGAACACUGCAUGUUCAUAGUUCAACAAGUGCACAGUCUGUACGUAUAACUGCUGAGCUGUGCAAAUCAGCAAUUGUACACCCUUUUACACAAGCACAUGCGAGCCUCAAACACAGUUUGUGACAUACUUUUUCUCUCUCUUUCUCCUCUCCUCACCCUCCUGAAGGGAGGCGGCUGCCGGUUUAUCCGCUACAACUGCAAAGUGGAAUCCCCCCGCAAGGGAUGGACCUUGCUGCACCCCGGACGCCUCACCCACUACCACGAAGGACUGCCCACCACCCAUGGGACCCGCUACAUCAUGGUCUCGUUUGUGGACCCCUAACACCAGCUCCCCCCCCGGUCCUGGGGCAGUGAGUGGGCCGCGGUGGUCAACACACUGGCAGGAAGAGACUUGUGGGGGGGCAGAUGCAGGCGGGUCCAUCUCUCCGGCUCGGCUGCUGCCUUCCUUGGUGCCUUCGAAAAUGGAGGGAAACAAAUAACUCUAUGUCCGGUGCUGAUGGAUACGGUCCUUGCCUGGCACUGAACUUUGGGUCACUACUAGUGCUGGGAGCAGCCACUGCUGCCUUGUGGCGUUCCACCAACCUCCCCCCCACCCCAUAAUAUGUGGGUUGAAGAUGACAGGUUGUCUCUAACAAAAUGUCGCCUGUUCAGGAUGUGUUUUCAGUGCCUCCCUCUCUCAGCAUGGCCCAGCCAACUGGAGAUACAGUUGUUUUAGCAGUAGCACAAUCAUUCUCUAAACAUUUUUUAGUCCCUUGCUCAAAUCAAGGCACCUCUGGGGUUUUUUCCUACAAAUAUAUGUACUGCUGCUGUUCUGUUUUUGCCCCAGGUCUUCACUCUUUCCCUCCACCCACCUUUUAUAUGAGUGUCUUUGUUACACCGAAGCUGCAUUUUGUGAAAGAAUGCAACUGCAGAGUGUUUUUCAUCUAUAAUUCCCAACCGCAUGCGGUUGAGGAUCUAAGUGGAAGGUGUUUCUUCGUUUCAUUGCACCAUUUUUUUUAAAAAAAGGCAGGGGGAGGAUGAAGAGAAAAAUCUCUUCCUAUAGGCACAGGGUAAAAUCAGUAUUAAGGGAGAAGUAAGUUAAUGAGAGGUAACCUGUUAAUUCCCACGGAAGGGAAAAGGGGCUUGUCUAUACAUUUCAAGUUUACCUAUAUUAUACAUUUAAAGCUGGUUAUAGCACUUGAAAAGUCAUGCUCCCUCAAAGAAUCCUGGGAGCUGUAGUUUGCUGAGGGUGCUGGGAAUUGUAGCUCUGGAGGCAAACUACAGUUCCCAUGAUUCAUUGGUGGAAGCCCUUAUGCAUUAAAUAUAAGAUGUGGUCUUCCUCCCUGCACACAGCUACAGUUCCCAGGGUAGUUUAACAAUCAGUCCCUCUUCCUAGUGAACUCCGGAAAUUGGGGCUCUGUGUGUGUGUCUCCCAACAACUCUCAGCACCCCUAACAAACUAUAGUUCCUAGGUUUCUUUUGUGAGGGGGAGCCAUGGUUUAAAAAAGUGGUAUAAGAGUGCUGUAAAUGUUUGGUGUGGAUUGUGGCCUAACCUCGAGGUGGAACAGCAACAGAGGAGAGCUUGCCUUAUGCAGCAGCAGGGGUCCCUUUUAUGCUUGAUUUUUGAAGUAUUUUAAACACUGUGAUCAAGGCAGCACCUACUCAGACACACACACGCACCUCUCUUGGGGCAUCUGCAAAGUGUGACUAAUGUCUUUUUAGCAGUAUGUGGAAAACGUGGUUGGUUGGGGGAGGGAGGGAGGAAUGUUUUUUCCAUUUGUCAGCAUGCCUAAGCCAGGAGCUCCCCUGCCCUGGGGUGAGGAGGGAAAGGCCUGGCUGGCACUUGUGAGACAGGGGCCUUGCGUAAUCUCCCAUAAUCCUGUGGGCUUUUCUUUUUGGCCCUCAGCCCUAGUCUGGCUGGUAGGGUGGACAUGCGUCGGCUGCUUCCUGUACAAAGCGUGCAUUAAGUUAUUGGCGUGGCUGUUCCACAGAACACCAAAUAAAUCUACCUUUUAUACUAGA